AUGAACCGGUUCAAGCUGGCGAACGUUCCACGGGACUCGGACGAUGAACUCGGCGAGUUCGUUACGCCGCCAGCCGCGGUGACGAGGAGGGUGGUGAUGGGCUCGGAGGUAGCACCGGUGAGGUUGUGCUCCGAGGACGGACGAGCGUGGGAGACGUCGGUGACGGUGGCGGCUCUGAUGCGAGUUGUUGCAGGAGAGAGUGCCGAUGCAACAGAAGUGAUGGAGAGGUCAUUAAGCGCUACUCCGUCCUUCUCGGUCUCGUGGGGUGGUCAGGGUGGCAUCGGUGGGCAGAAGAGGGUGGCGGAUGAGUCGAUGAGAGGCCCGGUGUUGAAGCAGUACCGAACAGAAGAAACUAGUGCGAUUCCAGCUCCGGCGACAGACGAGGCCAACCCUUCCGCCACAGGACUGAGAGAGCAAGUAGCGGGAAGAAAGUACAGAGGAGUUCGACAGCGGCCGUGGGGCAAGUGGGUGGCGGAGAUAAGAGACCCACACAGAGCGGCCCGCGUCUGGCUCGGCACCUUCGAGACUCCCGAGGCCGCCGCCCGGGCGUUCGACGAAGCCGCCCUCCGGUUCAGGGGCAGCAAAGCCAAGCUUAACUUUCCCGAGGACGCUCGUCUCGGUCCGCUGCCACCUGUCAUGGCGGCGGAAUCGCAUUCCACAUCUUCCAUGACCUCAAACAGUGCAAGUUCUUACUAUGUUUCUUCCUCUUUAGCUUCGUCGCUUCCAUCGCCUUUUUCUCCGCUUUCUCCAUAG